UGAAAUAAUAGGUAAACAUCAAUCAAUGAUUAACAUUUUUAAGCACUGUUAUUAGGAAAAAUACUUAGUUAACAAUGAUAUUUUAUAGAAAAAGAACACUGUAUUUUACAGUAUUCAUUAUAUUAGGUUCAGUGGCCGUUUCAACGCAAAUUGACGUGGAGGAAGAGGCGGAGGUAACUAAAGAUCCAGAUUUCGAAGAAUUUGAACCAGAUGUACCGAAUGUCGACGAAUCCGAGUCACUUUUGUCGAACGUCGUUUCUGAUGUCGACAAAACGCUAAUCAACAUUUACAACCAUGUUACAUCCGCUAAUGUGACCGCAGAGAACAAAACACAGAUAGCCAACGAGACGAGGAAGCUUGUAAAGUGCAAAGACAUAACAUAUGAUGAGCAAAACCCAGAAAUUGAGCCAAUAGUCGAAAUUAUAAAUGGUAGCAGUUUAUCCAAGAUUUUGCAAGUCAAACCUGAUAUUACCAGUCGCGAUAUUGAAGCGGAUUGCGUUUUAGUCUUAUUCUAUGCUAGAGCUUGUCCAUUUAGUGCUCAUGCCGCACCACAUUUCAAUGCUCUAGCUCGGUCAUAUCCAAAUGUGAAAAUGGUAGCUUUAGAUGCAUUGAGAUAUCAUGGAAUCAAUGCGCAAUAUGGUAUUGUUGGUGUUCCUACAUUAAAAAUGUUCCACAAUGGCCGACCAGUUGGAAAAUUCAACGGGACCGAGUACAACAUUCAUUCUUUCAGUAAAUUUGUUCAUGCUAUAACGGGGCAGCAUCCGCAAGUCCUGUUGGUCACGUCUAAAGACUUCCAGGGGCCUGUAUCAAGUGUAGUUGAGAAGGAAACUGAUUACUUCUUAGUCCUGUCAUGGUUGUUUAUCAUAAUAUGCUCAGUGUAUUACUUCAUGCAGUCAAAAUGGUGGCGCAUGAUUGUGGAGAUGGUGCAAAAUAAUUGGCGGGAAUCGGAGGCUCAACAUGAGCAUAAUGAUUAGUUUAUGUUUAAGUGGAAUAAAUGUUGAUUUUUU